CCAGGUGGCGACACCACGUCGGUACAUUAUUUUCCUGCACACGUACAUGAAAGUUUACGAACAGAAGAAAUCCGGGAUCGCAACGCGGAAAGAUCAUUUAAAGGCGGGGCUCUCGAAGCUAACAGAAGCGAAGACCCUGGUGGACAGCUUGAAGCAGAAAGCCGGGGAGCAGAGCAAGCUGCUUGCUGAGAAGCAGUCCGAGGCUGACCAGGCGAUGGGGGAGAUCACGCACAGCCUCAAGGCUGCCAGCACACAGAAGAGUGAGAUGGAGGAGCUAAAGAGACGUACAGCAGACGAGAACGUGAGCCUCGAGAAGCGCAAGGCGGCGAUCGAACGCGAGCUCGCCGUCGUCAAGCCGACCGUCGACGAAGCCCUAGCAGCCGUCGGCAGCAUCCGCUCCGAGGCGCUGUCAGAGAUUCGCUCGCUGCGCGCGCCGCCGACGGUCAUACGCGACAUCCUAGAGGGCGUGCUGACGCUGCUAGGCAUCUACGACACGUCGUGGGUCAGCAUGAAGAGCUUCCUUGCGAAGAGAGGAGUGAAGGAUGAGAUUGUGUCGUUCGACGCGAGCCGGGUUACGCCGGAGUCCCGCCGCGCUGUGGAGGAGCUUCUCAAGCGCAGCGGGGCCUCCUUCGAGGAAGUGGUGAGUCACCUCCCCCGUGCGCCAAAGAGGGCGUCGACGGCAGCAGCGCCACUAGCCGCGUGGGUAAAGGCUAACGUGAAGUACUCCUACGUCCUGGAAAAGAUAUCGCCAUUGACAACAGAACAGAAGAAACUGCAGAAGAACCUGUCCAAGGCCGAGUCUCAGAUGCAGGACCUGAGCAAGGGCCUCUCCAAGGUCGACCAGAAGGUCGAGAAGCUGCGACAGAAGUUUGAGAAGUUCACGAAGGAGGCGGCGGCGAUAAAGAUCAACCUUGAUCGCGAGAACGAGACGCUGGAGGCGGCAGGCAACCUCGUCGGCAAACUGGAGGGAGAGUUUCAUCGCUGGAGCAAGCAGGGAUUCGAUCUACGUCGCUUCCUGAGUACGGAGAGCGAUCAGCUGACGUGGAAGGCUGAGGGUCUUCCUAGUGACGACCUCUCAAUGGAGAACGCUGUCGUUAUACUGCAGACGUCUCUGCGCCCCUUCCUCGUCGAUCCGUCCUCCCGAGCGACCGAGUGGCUGAAGACACACAUGAAGGAGAAGUCCAAGCUAGAGGUCAUCAAUCAGCAGGAUGGUAACUUUGCGACGGCGCUGGAACUGUCUGUCCGGUUCGGCAAGACGCUCAUCAUACAGGAGAUGGACAGCAUUGAACCUAUGCUCUACCCGCUCCUACGAGCCGACCUCAUUAGCCAAGGACCCAGGUAUGUGGUGCAGCUUGGAGACAAGGUAAUAGACUACAACGAGGAGUUCCGACUGUUCAUGACGACGCGCAACCCGACCCCGGACAUACCACCAGACGCCGCCUCUGUCAUCACUGAGGUGAACUUCACGACAACGAAGGCUGGGCUUACUGGACAGGAGAGAAGCGCGUACUUGCCGCUGGCAGAGUUUGGCAGUACGUUGUUCUUCCUCAUCUCAGACCUGUGCAAGCUUAACAACAUGUACAGAUUCAGCCUGGCAUCCUUCCUCAGGCUGUUUCAGAGGGCGCUGAAAGCAAGCCAGGACUCUGGCAACAUGGAGACACGUAUCAGCUCUCUCAUCACCAGACUGCAGUACUUUGUCUACGAGUACAUCAGCCGCUCCCUCUUCAAGUCCGACCGUCUCAUGUUCGCGCUGCACAUGGCCCACGGUCUAUACCCGGACGAGUUCAAGGAAAACGAGUGGGAAGUGUUUGUCGGCUUGGCCGUGGCCGAUGCAAAGUCGUUCACUACAUUGGAGCCGCUGCCUAGUUGGAUAGAUGAGGGUAGGAACACUGCGGUGCAUCAGUUGAGGACGACGUUCCCAAAUCUGGCACAGGUCAUUGACCUGGGAGACAGCGGUCUCUGGAAGCAGUUCUCGAAGAGCAGUCACUGUGAGCAGGAGAUUCCUGAGCGCGUCGUCCAGAAGCUGACUGCCUUCCAGCAGGUGCUGCUGGUUCAGGCUCUCCGGCCUGACCGCCUACAGUCAGCCAUGAACCUGUUCGGACAGAGAGUGCUGGUGGAUUUCUUCUUGGUUGCGAUGGGGCAGGGUCAGCAGCAGAGGGCGCUACAGCUGCUGCGUCAGUGCGCGGAGACGGGGGAGUGGCUGUGCCUGAAGAACCUGCAUCUGGUGACGGCGUGGCUGCCGACGCUCGAGAAGGAGAUCAACGGUCUGCGAGCGAACGACGCAUUCCGACUGUGGCUCACUGCUGAGGUGCACGACAAGUUCCCUCCGAUCCUGCUGCUCCACAGUCUGAAGGUCACUGUAUACGAGGCGCCACCUGGUGUCAAGAAGAACCUGCAGCGGACGUACGAGUCAUGGCCGGCUGAUUACAUCGCUAAGGGAGGCAGCGUGCUGCGAGCGCAGGCGUUGUUUGCGCUCGCCUGGUUCCAUGCCAUCACCCAGGAGAGACGCACGUACAUACCUCAGGGUUGGACCAAGUUUUACGGAGUUUUUUUCCAGACUGGUGACCUGAGAGCAGCAUCCGAAAUCAUCGAUGUACUCGCGAUAAAGUCAGGGGGCAGCACCAUCCGCUGGCCGUUCAUCCACGGCUUGUUUGAGAGCGCCAUCUAUGGCGGCCGCGUCGACACGGGGAACCCGUUUGACGUGCGCGUGUUGCAGUCGUACCUCCAGCAGCUGUUCACAGGGGAGCAGCUGAGCGGGCGUGCGCGUGCGGGAGCCGGGAUGCUGCCUGCUGGCACCGACCUGCCCGCAUCCACCACACACGCUGAUUACUUGGAGGUGAUAUCGCGGCUGGACGACGAAGACAAGCCGUCGUACUUCGGACUGCGCAACAUCGAGCGAUCGACGCAGCGAGUCUUCAGCUCACAGGUGAGCGUGGAGGUGAAGACAUCGAUGGACAACCUGAAGUUUGUCGCGUCGUGGCAGGGUAAGAUCGGUGGUGCUACUAGCGCCCUCACGCUCGGCGGACUGCAGCUAGAGGGAUGCACGUUCGACGGUGCCCGUCUGUCUGAGAAUCAGCGAGAUUCAGCCAGCGUGUCCGCCAUACCGCCGUGCCUCGUAGCCUGGAUGCCCAAGAGUUCACCUGACCCCUACCGGCCGGAGGAUGUCAUCUCACUGCCCAUCUACUUCAACAGUGACCGCGAGCGAAUUGUCGCUAAGCUCGAUGUGCCCUGCGGAGGAAACCAAAACAAGUGGCUGCAGUGCGGCGCUGCGCUCUUCCUCAAGAACAUAUGAGCAUCUCUGGUGAUCGUGCGAGCGAUCGGCCGUAUCGUGCUGUUCUGUAAGAACAUAUGAGCAUCUUCAGAGUGGUGACAUGAAUGCUCACUGUUCUGUAAGAACAUAUGAGCAUCUUCAGAGUGGUGGCAUGAAUGCUCACUGUUCUGUAAGAACAUAUGGCAUCU